GAUCAGGUGGACACCAUGUGGACUACAUCUCCCACAAUGCCCGGCUCGUUGUCACCGUAUGGACUACAUCUCCCACAAUGCCCGGCUCGACGUCACCGUAUGGACUACAACCGCGGUGUCUCCGUCUGACCAUGGUCUGACCCGCACAUGAAGGACGGCGACCCGGCUGACGCCCGCAAUGCUGGUCUUCGUUCGUUUUAACUCGGGUCCGGGCGUGGCGGUGGAGGUGGACGCGGGCUCCAGUGUGGGCGAGCUGAAGGCGCUGGUGGCCCAGCAGCAGGGGCUCCCCACUGCUGGGCCUCUGAGGCUGCUGUUCGCUGGCCGCGAGCUCCAGGACGGGGACACCCUGCAGGCCUCUGACCUACCGGAACAGAGCACCGUCCACGUGGUGCUGCCACGCCCACACGCUGGGCUCCGCCUCCAGGAGAAGGGGGCGGGACAGAGACUGACCAGGCUGGACCUCCACGCCGACCGCUCUGGCCUGGCCGUCGCCUUGGAAACCAGCCCUGCCAGUCCCAGCCCGGCGGAGGACGGAGAGGAGGGGGGAGGAGCAGAAUGCCAGACCAAUGGUUACAGGACGUUCUACGUGUUCUGUAAGAGCGUGUGUGGCGCCGUCCGACCGGGCAAGCUGCGGGUUCGCUGUGGAGCGUGUAGACAGAGCACUCUGACGCUCAGCCGGGGUCCAUCAUGCUGGGAUGACGUGCUGCUCCCAGGCCGUAUCCAUGGCGUCUGUCAGUCGGAGGGCUGCCCCGGCACCGUGGCGGAGUUCUACCUGAAGUGUGCUCUUCAUCCUACGGCUGAGGAAGACGUGUCAGUGGCUCUGCCCCUCUUCAUCACCAACCACAGGGAGGUGGCCUGCAUCGCCUGCACCGACGUGCUGAGUCCGGUCCUGGUGUUCCAGUGUGCUGACCGUCAUGUCAUCUGCCUGGAGUGUUUCCGUGGUUACUGCCUCACCAGACUGAACGACAGACAGUUCAUCCACCAUCCCUUGAUUGGCUACUCACUGCCAUGUGCAGCUGGGUGUCCAGACUCUCUUAUUAAGGAGCUUCAUCAUUUCAGAGUCCUCGGGAAUGAGCAGUAUAUGCGUUACCAUGGAUACGGAGCAGAGGAGUGUCUGCUGCAGAUGGGCGGGGUCUUGUGUCCGAGGGCAGGCUGUGGGGCGGGGCUUAUCCCUCAAGCCCCGCCCACCCAGAGAGUGGAGUGCGAGAAGAUCAACGGCCUGGGCUGUGGGCUUGUUUUCUGUCGGGACUGUAAGGAAGAGUACCAUGAAGGGGAGUGUCAUGUGGCAGCUUCCUGCUCUGGGGACGCAGCUACGCAGUGUUUUGUGGUGGACGAGGGCGCCCUCCAGAGGAGCCGGUGGGAACUGGCGUCUCGCGACACCAUCAGAGAGACCACCAAACCCUGUCCUCAGUGCGGAGUCCCAGUGGAGAAGAGCGGAGGUUGUAUGCACAUGGUGUGUCCGAGGACGCAGUGUUCCAGUGAGUGGUGCUGGAUCUGCUCUGUGCCCUGGAACAGAGACUGCAUGGCCAACCAUUGGUUUGGAUGAAACAUUAGGACACGCCCACAGUCAACAACCUCUCAGAAGGGAAGACACGCCCCCAACGAUGGUUAGACACGCCCCCAGCUGUGAUGGGAGACGCCUCCAACAGUGACAGGUUACGCCUCCAACACUGACAUGACACGCCUCAACGGACCUGGGUUCCAGGGUCCUGUUCCGGGGUCCUGUUCUCAGGGUAGUGGUUCCAGGCUGUGUUCCAGGGUCUACCGGGGUCCUGUGUUCCAGGGUCCUGUUCCAGGUCUACCAGGGGUUUUAAAACUAUCUUAUUCAUUGCUCUAAAGCUAAACGGUUUUCUUCAGUGUGACAUUUUUUGGUGUGCGUCCAUUUAUAGAAACAUACAAUGUUACAUGUGGGAAUUAUGUCACGCUUAAUGAGUGUGUGCAGAACCUAGUACACGACCCGUCGGUCUGUACGUCCUGCUCACAAACAUUGUGCCUGGGAUCUACGAGGUGUUAGUUAUGGAUUGAUACGAUGAUUGAUAUUCAAUAUUAAAACACGCGCUGAUGAAUAAAAGUUGUGAGAUUGCAACCUAAUGAUCGCUAGUAUGAACAUCCUUACUGUACCGACAGCGAUAUAUAUCGUUUCUUUCUUCUGACUGUACUUAGUGUACUAGAAUUAUACAUUGCCUUAUAUAAAAGCGUCUGCUAAACGCCCUGAAUGUAAAUGUUAGCAUGCUUUGAGGCCUUUGCCAUCCAUUUAGCUGAGGAUUUGGCUACACCACGGGAUGCAUCUGCAGAC